AUGGCUCAGAAGGCAAGAAAAGAUAGGGCCAAGUCCAACGCAGAGGCUCUCAAAAACCUCCACCUUGGAACUCUGAUUGUCAACACAUUAUUUGUGCUCUCCAACAUCCUGUUCCGGCGUCGGUCUCUGCUCUACUAUGUCAUCCUCUCUAUCCCGGCUUUCAUCUGCGAAUACAUUCUCGAGUCUACUGGCCGUCCAAAGUAUGAUCCCACCACCAAGGCUCUCAAAACGGCUGGGGAGGACUUGAACGCACCUGGCCUGACGGAAUACAUGUGGGAUACCAUUUGGGUCACGUGGGCCAGCGUCAUCACGGUCGUUCUCUUUGGAAAUGGGGGUUGGCUUCUAUGGUUGGCUGUCCCAGUCUUUGCAGUCAUCAAGGGCUGGGGAUUCUUGAGUGCUGCCCGAAAUAUGGCCGGUGGCAUGCAGCCGCCUCCCGAGGGUGCCGCUAUGCCACAGGGUGCUGGCAAUCGCAAGCAACGGCGAGCUGCGUAA